AUGUUAUAUCUCAAGAUAAAAAAGAUGAUUUACCGAUCUGAAAUUUAGAUUAACAGUAAGAAUUAUUUACAUAAUUUAGAGAUUAGGGUUAUCAAUUUUAUAGAAGUGGAACAAAAUCAAGCCAUCAUAAUCAAUAAACUUUAGAAAGAAUAGAUUUUAAUGGAAUAAAAAAUAGUGAAAUAUAUAUAAUUAUUUUUAAUAAAAAUAUUAAGAUAAUGA